AUGGCCGAUGAUACGAUCAAUGCCGGGUCGCUCGAGAUGCUCCACAUCGACUGUCGUGCUCCUGAGGAUGAAUACCUUGUGUUUAGCGUUGAUGGUGUUGGGACAAAACUGAAGCUUGCAUUUGAAACUGGUAUUCAUGAUACAGUUGGGAUUGACCUGGUAGCUAUGAGUGUCAAUGACAUCUUAACAUCAGGCGCAAAACCAUUGGUAUUCUCCGAUUACUAUGCUACGGGCAAGCUUGAUGUCGAUCUUGCAGAGAAGGUUAUCAAGGGAAUUGUUGAUGGAUGCCAACAAUCAGGAUGUAAUCUGAUAGGAGGAGAGACAGCAGAGAUGCCUGGUUUCUAUGCGGAAGGUGAAUAUGAUCUAGCUGGUUUUGCCAUGGGUGUUGUGGACAAGGAUAAGCUCAUCGACGGUAAAAACAUUGUGGAGGGAGAUAUCCUCAUUGGUCUUCCUUCAAGUGGGAUUCAUUCAAACGGGUUCUCUCUCGUUAGAAGAGUAUUGGACAAAAGUGGACUCUCCUUGACUGAUCAGUUCCCAGGAAACGAUGGCAAAACAACUACCGUAGGUGAAACUCUCAUGACACCGACUGUCAUCUAUGUUGAGCAGGUGCUUGAGAUCAUCAGCAAGGGUGGUGUGAAAGGACUAGCCCAUAUCACUGGUGGUGGCUUCACUGAUAACAUCCCCAGAGUACUUCCUUCUAGACUCGGGGCGAGAAUUUUCACUGGAUCGUGGGAGGUGCCACAUGUGUUCAAGUGGCUUCAACAGGUUGGAAAAGUUGAAGACGCUGAGAUGAUGCGGACGUUCAACAUGGGUGUCGGGAUGGUCCUUGUAGUAAGCAAGGAUGCAUCUGACAGGAUUAUUGAGGAAUCAAACCCUGCUUAUCGCAUUGGAGAGGUGAUCCAGGGCAAUGGUGUUCACUACGUCUAA